AUGUGCCGUGCCAAAGUAAAUGAAGAUCCAAACGCAAAACUUAUAAGAGAACUGAAAGAGGAAGUACUAAAACUUCGUUCUCUUCUCAAGAAUCGUGGAGUUGAAGUAGGUGAAAACGGUGAGGUUUCUCCCGAUACAAAAAUAUAUUCCGGUGAGGAGGAUACAAUCGAGCAACUAAAAACAUCAGAAAAACUGAUUGCUGAAUUAAAUGAAACAUGGGAGGAUAAGCUUAAAAAGACAGAGACCCUUAAAAAACUUCAAUCGGAAGAACUGCGCGAGUUAGGGCUUGCAACAUCUGCCGAUGGUAUGAAAGUCUUUUGGUGUAAAUAUUCAAAAUUUUUAGGCUCUGCACUUGGUGUUUUUUCACCGAAAAAGCUUCCGCAUUUAGUAAAUCUAAAUGAAGAUCCAUUAAUGAGUGAAUGCCUUUUAUAUUAUCUCAAGGAAGGCAUAACGAUGGUAGGACGGCAUGAAGCAAAACCGAGGCCGGAUAUUUUGCUUAGCGGUGAAUAUAUAAAAAAUCAACACUGCCAGUUUGACAAUUCCUCUGGAUCUGUUUCCGUUGUCCCCAUCGAGGGAGAAAUCUUUGUUAAUGGAGAGCCAUUACAAUCUGGACAAUCUAUGAAGCUUAGUUCAGGCUGUCGAAUAAUUUUGGGUCGAUGCCAUGUUUUUCGUUUCAAUGAUCCCCAGGAAGUUAGGCAAAGCAAGCAUAACCUAGCCGGAGUUGCUUCAUCAAAGGAACCCAUUGACUGGCGCUUUGCUCAAAACGAACUUUAUCAAUGCCAAGGGAUUGACUUGAAACAGGAAAUGGAUAAGAAAAUUGUGGAAAUAGAACAACAGUUUCGUAAGGAAAUGGAACAGAUGGAACGUGAGCAUAAACGAAGAAAUAACGAAUAUGAAAGUCGAAUACAAAGUUUACAAAAGCAAGUUGAUCUGGCUCAAAGUCAGCUUAUUUCAUCUGGCUGUUCAAGCUGGAAUAACAGUGAAUUUAUAUUAAGCAAAAGUCUGUUAGCUGAGGUCAAUGAUGAUCCAUGGACACCUGAUUUAACAAUUAAAGUGCAUAAGGCAGCUAUGAAAUGGCGUUAUUAUCAGUUUACUUCUGUUCGUGAUGAUCUCUGGGGAAAUGCUAUUUUUCUGAAAGAAGCAAAUGCCAUUUCGAUUGAUUUACGGAAAGGAGUAGAGUAUCAAUUUGUUCUUUUGACUGAUACAAUGUACAGCCCCCUUCCACCUGAACUAUUACCACCCGGUGAAAAUUUGAGUUUGAGGCCUUAUCCAAAGACUGGUUCUUAUAACGUAUUAUCGCUUUUAAAACAAUUAUUUUUAGUUGUUGCUGUGGAAGUGAGAGACUUAAAAAACGGUGCUAUUCAUCAUUGGAGCUUAGAAAAACUUAAAUCAAGACUAGAAGAUAUGAGACGUUUGUACAAUGCCGAUGUAAACGAUGCCACUCCUGAACGUCCUGAUUUGAGAACCGUAGGUGAUUUGUUAAACAUGAUGUUUCCUGCAAGUGGAGCAGGAUUAGCCCCAGAAAGAAUGAAAUUGCGGAAGAAAACAAAAGAAUUGCCCAUUAUGGAAGAAACGAUCACCUCAGAAGAUAAUCUAGACAUUAACGAAAAUAAUAAUCUGGAUGAUAUGUGGCUUGGGGCUGUGAUCGGCUUUCUUCGAGUUAAAGUUGAAAUGUUGGAGAACAGUAAAAAGGUCAAGGAGGUCGAGAAGGCAACACCUAACAGCACUAGUCAAGUGGCCAGAUUGUAUUUUCGGAAAGAACAUUUCUUAAAAAACAUGCAACGUAGUGAUGGUGGGCGUAUCGUUUCAUCUGCAUCAAGUAUGAAUGUAGCAGCUGCAAAGCCUGUGGCUGUUAGCCCCUCAGAGGGAUAUCUUUCUGAUAAUGAAUCAACAGAAUUAGAGGCAGUAUUUCCUUCACAUAUUGCUCGAGAUCAGGAAUUUACUUUCCGGGUUACUGUAGUUGAACUACUCGGAAUACCAGACGAUUGUUACACUGAUAUUUUCUGUCAAUUUAAGUAA